AUGUUAGAUAUAUCUUCCUCGUGUAGAACCUGUAUGAAGGAAAAUGUGAAUUUGGUUGACUUAUAUGAAACGGUGAAAAUUGAAGAAAAUUGCCAUCAAUUGGCAGAUAUAUUGGUAAUUUGUACUCCAACACAGGUCUCCAAAGAAGAUGGUUUACCACAAAAACUAUGUGAUGAGUGUGCAAGAGUUCUGCAACUUAUAUAUACAUUCCGUGUUCAGGCUGAGAAAGCGCAAGAGGAGUUCCAAAAACUCUUACAAAAUGAAAUAAAGACUGAACCACCUGAAGUUAUGCCGAAAACAGAAAAUGAAGAUGAUUAUUUGAAUGCCUUUGAUGACACUGAUAUCAAUCAUGAUUUCCAAAAAUCUGAAGGCAUUGAAGAAAAUAAAUUUACAUGUAACAAAUGCAGUAAAACUUUUUUAAAAGAGAAGAAAUUCAUAAAACAUUUACAAAUGCAUGAAUCACCAUUGCUAUGUACUGUUUGUAAUAAAUCAUAUCAAAAUCAGGUGUCUUUAGACAAGCAUUUAGCAAAGCAUAACAAAGAGUAUUCAUGUUCGGUUUGUAAUUUAAACUUCCAAACUGAAUCAAAAUUACUUCAACAUAAUAUGACAGAACACACUAACAAUAAAAUAAAAAUAGAAGUUGAAAAUGAGGCACAGGUAACACUACUACAAUGCCCAGAUUGUGACCUUACUUUCACAAAACAGAGAUCUUUGUCUAUGCACAAGAGGAGACACAAAAAUCAGAAGAAUGAGUUUAUCUGUGACACUUGUGGAAAAGCUUUUAGUAUGAAACAUCAGUUGAAAAGACAUGUGGUUUUGCACAGUGAUGUCAAACCACAUAUGUGUACAAAAUGUUCAAAGAGUUAUGCAAGGAAGGACCAAUUGGUGCAUCACAUGCAUACACAUAAAGAUAGUAAACCCUAUGAAUGUUCAUAUUGCAAGAAAGGUUUCACCCAGCUGUGCAGUUUAAAGGACCAUAUUCGUAGUCACACUGGAGAAACUCCAUACUUAUGUUCUGAGUGUGGGAAGGGCUUCACCAACAGUUCUAACUUGAGACAACAUAUGAUGAGGCAUACAGGGCUAAAGCCUUAUGCCUGUAAUAUGUGUCCCAAGACUUUUUGUACCAAAGGCCAAAUGACAUCCCACAUGUCAACCCACACUGGUGAACAUCCCUACAAAUGUGAGGAGUGUGGCGCUGCAUUCACUAAACAGAAUUCUUUGAAGAAACACUCGCUGAUACACUCAGGGAUACGGCCGUUUGCUUGCGAUACUUGUAACAUGAGGUUUACAUGUAAAGACCAUUUGAAACGUCACUACCGGAUCCACACGGGCGAGAAGCCGUACCGCUGCAACUACUGCGAGCGCGCCUUUUCCCAGAGCAACGACCUCGUCAAGCACACGCGCGCUCACAUUGGACAGAAUAUAUAUCAGUGCACAAUAUGCGGCAUGCGUUUCAGACUCAUGUCUGAACUCAAGAGCCACUACCCCAUCCACUUCGUCGACGGCAAAAUGCAACCACCAGAGCCUAAAGAAGAUGUCAUCCCACCGAUAAGACCAUCAUCUCCUACCAAAGACCUCGCCCCACUUCUCAUCCUGAAACCGCCUGAACUGCCGCUACUAUCUUUCAAUACCAAUAAAGAUAUGCCUCUACUUUUGAAGCCUGCUGUUGAAAAAGACAUGCCUAUUUUGACUAUGAAGCCGUCUUCGCCUAAUUAUAAUGGUUUGGGGACCAGAACAGAGGUUAGAACUGAAGAUAAAAAUAGGUACACCAUAACUAUCAAUAGUUGUGAUAAAAAUGGCUUGGUCAAUGGUGCUGUUUCCCGUGCUGGGUUCGUUGGGCGGGUGGGUAAGCCUCUGAGGUCGGGCGGGCGACUGUUAUCAGUGCGCAGUCGGACCCCGGAGGAGGCGGACGCGAUGGUGCGCUAUAUAAAUAUUACACCGAAGAUGACGGACGCUGUGAUUCAGCAUCUGCGGGAGAACUUCUUUGCGGAUGAGCCUCUCAACAAGGCAGUGGCGCUGUGCGAGCGUGGCGAGAGUCACGCAGCCCUUGAACAGAUGUGCAUCGCGACUAUGAACGAUGGACAUUCCGUUGCAGCUGUCGAAGGAGAUAUAUCUUCCGACGAGAAAUACAAGAAGAUCUUCACCAUACUGUACACCGUCAGCAGCGACUUGGAUAUUUUCAACAAGUAUCAGGUUGACCGAAUUCUAGAAUGCAGAAUAAUUUCGGUGAGCGAGCAGGCAAGAGGCAAAGGCGUGGCUAAAGGACUUAUGGAAAAAAGCAUAGAACAGGCCAAAACUAAUGGUUUUAGGCUGUUCAAAGCAGAUGCAACGGGUGCUUAUUCCCAGCGCAUAUGCAGUUCUUUCGGCAUGGAGCCGAUCAGCACGGUGCGGUACGACAACUACUUCGAUGAGGAAGGCCGCCUCGUCUUCCAGGUGCCUCCACCCCACGAAGCUUUGGUUGUUAUGGUCAAAAAAUUAGGCGAUGAUAAUCAAUAG